AUGUCCUUCUCGUUUGGGUUCUGCGUAGAUGAUGAGGGAAAACAAGUAUCUGAUGAAAUCUAUCUCGCUACACAGAACGCGACUCGUGUGGGCAAAGACCAGCAGCUGCCAGCGCGUGAGCUGAACUUCGAAGACGUGCUCGGUUGUGGUACAGCUAUUCCUUCUUGCUAUAUUUUUAGUUCUAUCUUCCAAACACCAGCCAAAGACAAAAUUGAAACUCCUACUGUGCUAAGCUUGUGUGACUACAACGAGGAAGUUCUGUCGCUUGUGGUUUUUCCGAACUUGUUCUUAGCAUGGUACUUCUCAGAAGCUGGACCAGGUAAAGGAUUGGUCAAAGAACCAGGUGAUUUGGAAGUUGACUCGGAGCUGGUGGCUCAGUUUGAACAAGCGCUAGCGGAACGCUCCAUUCAUUUGAGGUUUUUCUCAGGUGGCUGGGAUUCUUUACAGCUUGAAACACGCGCUGAUGUUGUGUUGUCGAGUGAGACAGUGUAUUCUUUGACGAACUUACAUUCUCUCUGUCGUGUACUGCAGUCAACAUGUUGGCCCACAUCCCAAGAGAAUGCUAAGACCGGUGUUGAUCGAAAGACGACUCUCUGUCUUGUCGCGGCCAAAGUGCUAUACUUUGGAGUCGGCGGAGGCAUUGAUGCAUUUCUUCAUGAACUGGAACACUCGCAAGCAUGGCACGUAAAACAACAUGAGCAAGUCAGUGGGGUUGGGCGCGUCGUUCUGCAGAUAGGUUGGGCUCCGGAAUAA